GAAGCAACUGUGUCCUGGGCGGGAGGAUACGAGCUCUUAGGCCCGACGGCACUGCUGUUGCCCAGAAGAUGGCAGGGACUGCGCUCAAGAGGCUUAUGGCAGAGUACAAACAAUUAACACUGAAUCCUCCGGAAGGAAUUGUGGCAGGCCCCAUGAAUGAAGAGAAUUUUUUUGAAUGGGAGGCAUUGAUCAUGGGCCCAGAAGACACUUGCUUUGAGUUUGGUGUUUUUCCUGCCAUCCUGAGUUUCCCGCUCGAUUACCCGUUAAGUCCCCCAAAGAUGAGAUUUACCUGUGAGAUGUUUCAUCCCAACAUCUACCCUGAUGGCAGAGUCUGCAUCUCCAUCCUCCAUGCUCCGGGCGAUGACCCCAUGGGCUACGAGAGCAGCGCUGAGAGGUGGAGCCCCGUGCAGAGCGUGGAGAAGAUCCUCCUGUCGGUGGUGAGCAUGCUGGCAGAGCCCAAUGACGAAAGUGGAGCUAACGUGGAUGCUUCCAAAAUGUGGCGGGACGACCGAGAGCAGUUCUACAAGAUCGCCAAGCAGAUCGUGCAGAAGUCUCUGGGGCUCUAAGGCCUUGCCCCUGUGUGUGCACAUACACCGCCACGCAGUCUCCAGUGUUUCUCCUCCAGGACACUUAGUGACAGUGACACUCUGUGCUGGCACCAAAAAAAGCAAGCUUGCAGAACCACAGCUCUGGUCUUCUUUGCCACCUCUCCCACCCCAAGCAGGCUUCUCUUUGAAAUUACAGUUUAUGUAGAAUAAUGACAAUUGAAUGCAGCUUUAGAGUAUUCCCGGCAAGGUGGUUCAGGUAGAUUGUCAAAGCCGUCACCACUACCUCUCCCAGCUGAAACGCCUGCGAACCUAACAGGUAAUGACUCCCCUUCCCUCCCGAGUGCUGAGGGGGGUGUGUGCUGGCCUUCCCGCGACUGGAACCAGCACUGCUCCUUCUGAAGAAUCGGGGCCUGGAGCCAAGACAAAGGUGCGGGCCGGGCCUCGGUGGGUCCCUUGGACUCCCCGUGUGCGCAGCUGUUUCAGUAUGUUCUGUUUUACCAACGGGUGUUUUUCUUAUAAUCUGGCUACAUCUUUUUCAUUUGUUCUGUAUUACAACCUAUCACACUUAGAAAUAUUCCAGGAAAUAAAUACUUUUAAAAAUGUGGACUCAUGAACAGUGGGGCACAUGGAGAAGCUCACUGCUAACCACACAGACCGAUGAUCUUUCCUGGGCACAUUUAUCAAAGAAUACAGUCAGGUCUCCUUGCAGGAAAAAUACGAGACUGAAAGUUUUAGUCACAGUUUCUCCUGGAUCUACAAGAGUUUGUCUUUUCCAUUCUCAGAACCGGGAGCUCUAGGCUUUUGUACAUUGUGGCUGCAGCAGGAACUUUAACUACUAGGACAAAACUGUUCUUUGCAGCUUGCAGUUCGGAGGGACCUAUCAUUAGCGCAGAGCAGAGGCGUGCCUUACCUCUGAACCCGGCCAGCGCUCGUGGAAUUGUGGCACGUGGGGCCCUGGGCCCUGUGGGCACAAACCACUUGCUUGUGGUUUGUGCUCUUGAUGCAGUCAGCCUUGUCCAACGUGGGGGGCGCAGCAGCGUGAUGCCGUGGUCCUCUAUGAGCAAUAACAGACCUGUUGCACGCAGAAUCACAAGCUCAGCCUGUUUCAGACAGGUUGCAUUUAAAUAGGAGUUUCUAUUUUUGAAAUAAGGGACGGCCUCCAAGACAUAGAAUAGACUUUACUGUACUUUGUCCUUUCCUUCCCUUUCAUGAUGUGUCUGGCAGACAGGCGUGGCGCCUGCUGUACUGCCACCUCACGUAAUCUCUUGGGUAAGCAGGUGCUGGCUAAAGGGGCUCUGCCUCGGGCCUCUGUGGAAACCGGGCUCUCCUCGGAAGGCCAUCUUUAAGAUUUGGAAUUCGGUACAGGACUUGUGUUUGGAAGGGGAGGAAAGGAGAGGUACUGUGCCUAAACAGUAUUUGCAGGCCCAUUUGUGGGAAGCGGAGCCCUCUCCACAGAGAGAAGAGCGUGUGGGGAUGUGGUCUGUGGACACGGCGGGAGCGUGGGUGUUGCAGCCACAUCAGCAGGCGGCCAUGGGCACUUCUGUGAAAUCUGGAGGAAGAGGAGAGGCAGCCUCUUUGCAAAACAAAGUAUUUUUAUUAAUUUGUAUUUAUUAAAUGGAAAAGAAAGAACCCCCUGGUUAAAAAUAAAGUUAUAUAUUUU